UAUACAUAUACAUACAUACAUGAAUAUAUAAUAGUUUAGCGUGCAAACCGCUUUUAGUCACUCCCUGUCGCCUCGUGCGUAAAUGUAAAGCUGAAGGUCUAAACGUGAGAAGUUUAGUCAGCAAAUAUGGCGUCAUCGAUUGGACAGUCAAAAGAUCAAUCCAUAAGCUUUGCGAUACAAAACUUUGCCCAGUUAAUCAAUAGCGCAGAGUUUCUCGACUACACACCGGAAAUACUACAACAAAUUGUAAGUGCCGAUGAACUGAAUAUCGAUUGUGAAGUAGAUGUCUUUCAGGCGCUUAUGCGUUGGUACGAGCACGAUAAAGAAAAUCGCCGAAAAGAUCUCUCUCAGCUCAUACCAGCGUUGAAACUCGGUCAAUUUGAUGCGGCAUUCAUAGAAGAAUACAUAAAACCUCUGUUUAAUGGCGACCAAGUACCAGCCAAAGCAUUGUCAUUGCUGAGCGAAUCGACCGUUACCGAUAACCGGCUAAAACCCGAUUAUUUAAAGGCGAGAAAUGAGCGGACUUGCCGACUGCUGACUUUGAACGACGUAAAAAAGCUCAAACCCAUCCUGCGUUACAACACGUCCCUCAACAAAUGGCAGAAGUGCUUUGAAUUUAAAUUUAUCGAUUACAGUUAUGCUGUGUUUCAUCACAAGAACUAUCUGCUAUUCGUUGGUGGACGCUCUCGAGGCACACAGCGGAAUGACACUAUUAAAUGUCUUGAUUUGCACACCUUUGAGUGGCAGCAAAUGUCGGCGAUGUCUCAACGUCGUGAUGACUUGUGCGCGGUGCUUCUAAGUGGGAAGAUUUACGCUUUCGGCGGACACGAUGGCGACGAUCCCUUCGAUACAGCGGAAAUGUACGAUAUAGCGACAAACCAAUGGCAAUUACUGCCCUCCAUGCCCUAUCACAGAUAUGGCGCAGGUGCCACUGUUUACGAUGGCAAAAUUUACAUAUUCGGUGGUCUGAGCAUAAACUGUAGGCCACUCAGUGCAGUGGAAUGCUAUGAUCCAUUAACAAAUACUUGGAUAAGUUGCUGUGAUAUGCACGGAGCACGUGGUUGGCCGGGCGUUGCGGUAUUAGAUAGUUUGAUAUAUAUUAUUGGUGGUUACAAUGAAGGCUACAUAGCUGCUGCCGAGUGUUUCGAUCCACAGCUAAAUGCUUGGAGAGAGAUUGCACCAUUAAAUAUUGCACGUUUCGGAAUAUGUGCCAUCGUAGUUGGCAAUCGGAUAUGGGCGCUUGGCGGACACGAUGCGUAUACGGUCGAGCAAUAUGAUAGAGAGAAUGAUAAGUGGAUUGAAAAAACACCGUUACCUGUUUAUGGUAUAUUCAGCUGUGUAGAAGUACCAAACCAUAUAGUGAAUAAGUUGCAAUCGUGUUAUGCCGUCAAAGAGAAUAAUUAG